CAGUUGCCGCAGUUUGCGAGUCUAGAACCAUGGCGGCAACUUCGACAGUCGAGGCGGCUUCCAAGAAGAGCGGCACCUUCGGCGGUGAACUUCGUCAGACGUGUACCCAUCAGAAGACUCGAGUAUGUCGACUACUGCGACACCUGUCAGAGUGCAAUGAGAUCCUAUGGCACGCGGGCCUGCAGCUGAAAGAAGACACUCGAGAUGACCUCGGUGACGUCAGCAUUGCGAUGGUACCAGUGCUUUGCCGCGGCUUUCAAUGUUGCCGUUCCCCGGACCAUGACGAGGAGGCGGCAGUGCGCCUCAUGUGCUGUCUUUUGACGGUGCACCGAUGCAUUGUUUCCGUAGAGGUGAAUUACUGCGUGGCGAAAAACAGUUCCCUGCUCGGAUCCCUGGCGUCUUCGUCGAGCGUGAGAAGGCUCAGCAUCUUUGGCAUCCCGAGAGAUGAACCGGGAGCCCUGCAGGGCCUCGCCAAUGUCAUCGCGUCGCUGGACUUAAUCUCGGAGCUGGUGUUCCUGGACGGCUACGAAGCCUGUGAGGCCAAAAUGGCAAUCCCCGCUCGUCUGUUGCAACUGCCUAGUGCCAGGGUGAGUAAGCUUGACGUCGCAGACCUGGAAAUGAGCCCGCACAUGGCCAGGAAGCUAAUUGAAGCGCUCAUCUCAAACGGCACUAUCACGGAACUCGCCGUCGGAGCCUGCGUCUUCACCUCCGGCCCCACGAACAGGCCAUCCGAAUGGUUCGCGCUGUAUUUGGCCAAGGAAAAUGCGACGCUCCGAAAGCUCGUUCUGAGAGCACGCCACUUUAACAACACAUUCGGGCUGCGCACCCUGACCGAAUCCAUUUCCGCAAUGAAGACGUUAGAAGACCUCGUCGCGCAAUGGUAUGCAAGAAGCCGAGACUGUUCGAUGUUCUCUACGGUAGUCCGCGCCAGCCGCUCACUUCGCAGUUUGAGCUUGCGCCUUGCAGGGUGCUGCAGUGAACCAAUUCCUCAGUACCGAGCUCGAGGCAUUGAGACGUUAAAUGUUCGGCCCUGGCUGUCGGCGUUGAAGGAAAACAACGCGCUGAAAAAACUAGUCCUCGACAUUCCGUGGUCCUCGACGGAGGACUGCUGUGCCUUAAUCCGAGAGCUUCCGAGUAACGACUGCCUCCAGAAACUUGUCUUGCGCAGUCUUCCCGACGACGGUGGUCUGCGCGAAAUUUGCGGCAUCAUUCGGGACUGCGGCAUUGGCCACAGAGUGUAUAUCGAAGACCACCACGUUGGCCCCGAGGAUGUGCCAGCGCUUUCUGAUUCCCAAGAACUAACAGCCGUCAUGGUCAGUUCGCGACACUUCGGCCAAGACGUGGCUUCUCUACGAAGUGCUUUCCAAGUCCUGACUUCUUGUAAACACGUAACAUCACUUUCUGCGCGUUGCCAUAACUUCACCAAGGACCUCUACGCGUCACUGACUGCUUGCAUAAAAGGUGCAACCACUUUGAAAGAAAUUUAUCUCGACAUCGAAGUCGAUGGCUUACGCGGAGAAAGAGACGAGAGUGUAAUUAGGUCGUCUAUGUUGGACUUGUUCCGCGGGCUGUCAUCCAACCUAAGCAUCACCAAGAUUACGCUGGAGUGGACCGUACUUUUGGGCGACGACCACUCGCGAGUGCUCGCAGACGCAGUUCUCACCAACCGGCGGCUUUAUGAGCUCUCAAUACGGGUCAUUGACGAUGCUUUCUGUGCGUCGAUCCUCAGUCAUCUUGAUCCGGGCCUGGCACAAAACUACAGCAUCCUUCAUCUGGAGCUUCCCAUCAACCCGCAGUGUGGUGCGGAGAUAGCAGCAGCGCAGAACAUCGUCCGACGCAACUGCAGCCUUGUCAACCGAGCAACGAGAUUCGUGAUGGGAGUCCACGAACCCUAUUGUGCACGCGCCGUUGAGCUUGUCUCGGUGCACCCGAAGCUCGUCGACAACGUUCGACGCGAGGCGAACGUAACCGGAGAGAGCGAAGCCGUGGCCAUUAUCAGAAGGGCCCUGCGGCUCCCGUGCCUCACCGACAUGUGCGAGUUUAUGAAGCUCGCCGGUGUCGUCAAGAAUCGUGUCCAAUGCCACGUUCGGCAGGAUGGCAGCAGGCAGCUCGACCAACUGAACCACGACUGCUGGCUACACAUUCGCCAGUUCCUGAAGGUGGCCGACGUUGCGGAUCCCUAAGGUUUGCUUACUGCGCCUGUGAAACACCAUUGUGAAUCGUCUUUCAACAACAUUCCCCAUUCGACGUCAGCCCUUGGACAAUCGCAAUGGCCACAAGUCUUUGCAGUCGUAAGCUUUAGACUGGAACAUAGGUUUCGUGGAAAACAUCGAGUACCCUAUCGACUGGUACGUGCUCUGUUGCAGUUUGUCCGUGGAGCAGACUGCAUUCCCUGUUUUACUUGUGCGACGUCUGCUACGAUCAUCUUAAGGUGCACGCACACGUCACGGCUGCUGUAUUAACUAACAUGCAGCUAGAAAAAAGUAGUGAUACAUCAGCCGUUCCAUGCGCAUGCGCGUCAUCUUGCAGUAGAUUGUAGCCGGUAACGCAAGAGUGGAUACAUGAACUGAAGCCGUUCACUGGUGAAACAUGGCCUUCAGUAUCUGUGCGUGCUCUCUCGCACGUCAAGAGUCGAUGUACAAACGUGCAACACACGACGGGUGAAAUGCUCUGUCUGUGUCAAAAAGGUGUGUACUGCACACGACAGAAGUAUUCCACAUGCGUAUGCCGCAAACCGUUAAUGCGAGAGUAGCCAGAACCUCCAUCAUUUUCUUCAAAUUAUCUUGCAUAACUGUCGCAAUCUUCAUCAGCACUUUCCUCCUCGCCUUCCUAUUCGCCUGUACUUCGUAAUGCAGGAUUCAUGCCGAGGUUUGACGAGCCGCAUCUGCCGUGUUGGUUUUCAUUAACAAAGAAUAUUUUUUCUUCUUUUCAUUCAUUUUCAUCCAACAACGAAAGACCUUUCGUUUACGACGGUCUGAUCUCUCUUCCUUUUAUGUCUCGUAAAUGCAAGAUAAAACACCACUUGUAUAUUAAUGGCUUCGCUUUUAACAUCUUUAGUAUCCGACGUGACCUUGCAAGACUUUCAAGAUCUGACGCGACAUAUGUUCCCGCGCAAUUGCUCGUUUUAG